AUAAAAAAAAUUAAAAAAAAAACGCACACACACAUACACGCACAUACAUAUAAAUACAAUACACACACAGAUAACAAAACGAGAAAUAAAUUCAUCGAGAAAUUACGAAUAGACCAUUGAAACGCAUGCAUAACAAAUAAAUUUCCCAGUAAAUAAUUUCCAUCUCUGAUAGCAACAGCGGUAACAAAAGAUAGCAAAAGAACAAAAAUAAAAAGCAGGCAAUAGAUUGCGUGCGAUACAACAACUCUUACCUGCAGACAAUUACUGCUACUAACUAACAACUGCAACGGGAACCAUCGUCGUCGUCGUCGUCGUCGUCAUCAUCAUCAUCAUCAUCAUCAUCAUCGUCAUCGCUAUUAUCAUCCAUUGAACUGUCUAUCCUUCUAUUCAGCAGGUUUCAUGUUACAAAUGAUUGUUAUCGAUUUAAGUUGGUUGCCAUUCUUUUUGUACGUGUUCAUCAUUUAUUCGAACGUUCAUGCAUAUGAUGUAUACUACUGAGGUAAAAGGUUAAUGUGCGCCAUCGUCGUUUAAAAUUCGUUGCAUUUCCGUUCAUACUAAAUGCUCUGACAUAUAACAAGCUACAAAAACAAUAAUAAUAAAAAUAGUAAUAACAACAACAGCAACAACAAGAACAACAAUAAUAAUAACAGCAAUAGCAACAACAAUCAAAUUAUAACAGGAAUCACACAUAUACCAAAACGACCUAUGCUUAGUGCACAAAAAAAACACGAAAAAAACCAACGUAAAAGAGCCAUUUAACGGGUUGGCUUUUCGCAGGAAUAAAUAAAGAGUUCCAUCAACUUUACCAUAAAAAUUAUAUUACUAUGAGAUACUAUGAGCAAAACCGAAAGCAAUAGAACAACAAAAACAAUAAUAAUAAUAAUAACAACAACAACAACAAUAAAAGAAAAGACAGAAACUGAUAUUUUCAAGUAGCGCUACAAUUACCACCACUAGUGUAUUUAACUAGAACCACGACUAUUACUAAGACCGCACGUACAUAUAUGUGCAUACAUCAGCUCUUCAAUUUGUUUCGUAUAAAGUGUUGCUGUUUUUAUUGAAACUUUAUGGCGUGAAUAUUAACGCAUAGAGGAGAGAGACCCGCAUAACAACAAUUUGCAACAAAAACUAACUAACUAAAAACAAUAACAACAAUAUUAUUAAAAGCAGUGCAGCAAGGGCAAGAAAAAAGCAAAAAAGGGGCAAAACUUCGCAUAGAAAGGAAUAAUAAAGACGACGAAAGUGAAGCUGUCAACAUGAUUGCAUUUUUAACGUUGUUCUUCUAUAUGACAAUGUAUACAUCCGUAAAUGGAUGCAUGGAUAACCAUGGCGACGCGUAGUUAUUAUAAAGCAUAAUAAAGAUAAUCAUGAUGUAAAACUACGCAUUUUGGGUGUGUAAGCACAUUGUUUACCAAACUGUUCUGAAAGCAUUAUUUAUGUUGAAUAGUUUGACAAUGUGCUAUCAACGAUUGUCGGGCAACACAAAUCACAAUAAUGUGGAUCAGAAACCAACUCAUUUACCGUCUGGCCAUUACGCACACAGUCAUCGUUGGAACGAACCGUUUUUCGAUUUGACAAUGCCGAAGAAUAUAACCUCACUUGUAGGCAAGUCAGCCUACUUAGGAUGUCGAGUCAAGCAUUUAGGAAAUAAAACGGUGGCCUGGAUUAGACAUCGUGACCUACACAUACUAACAGUUGGCACUUACACUUAUACAACGGAUCAACGGUUUCAAACAUCAUACCAUCGUGAUAUCGAUGAGUGGACGUUGCAAAUAAAAUGGGCACAACAACGAGAUGCUGGCGUUUAUGAGUGCCAAAUAUCGACCCAACCAGUUCGAAGUUUUUCGGUUAACCUAAAUAUUGUUGACAUUUUAAACAACGAACAAAACGAUAUGUUAUUGCAAUUUUAUAAUGAUGAUUCCUAUGUGAUCAGCAAUGACCGCAUAUACCAGUCUGGUGAUGAUGAGUUUGCUGGCAUGUUCGGUCCCUUACAAACUGUGGCUGUGCCAACAGCAACCAUAUUGGGCGGACCUGAUUUAUAUGUCGACAAGGGAAGCACAAUCAAUCUAACGUGCGUAAUAAAAUUCAGUCCAGAACAACCGACCCACAUAUUUUGGUAUCAUCAAGAUAAGGUUUUAAGCGAGGAGAACUCAGGUGGUCGUCUUAAAUUUAAAACCAUCAAAUCGGAGGAAACCAAAUCGAUUUUGCUUAUUGAUGAUGCUGAUCUGUUAGAUUCUGGAAAAUUUUCAUGUUAUCCAUCCAAUACUGAGAUAGCGAGUGUACGUGUUCAUGUAUUGCAAGGAGAACGGCCCGAAGCGAUGCAAACGAAUGCAGCCGUUGCUGGUAAAUUGCAAAGUUUAAGCCAUUUUGCAGCCAUUACCACAAUUGUGGGAACAUUUGCAUUAUUGCAUGUGUUGGCAUCGUUUGCCCGGAACUUGAACAUAACAAUAAAAUCAACUACAGCUAAAGGCAUCACUGCUAUCGCUAACCGCAACAAAAGUGUCCGUUUCAUCAGCCAAAGUAGCAAUUGUUCAACAACAACGCAAGCUAUACAGAAUUUAAGGAAUUAUUGUACAGAUUGUGUUCGCAGCACAAAGAGCUCUUCCCCGCUUUAUAGGCAUCCACUUAAACAACAAAGGCAGCAGCAACACCAACACCAACAGCAACAGCAACAGCAACAGCAAACAAAUAUGGUAGCGGUGGUGAUGGUGGGCAAGAUUUCCCGAAAUGCUUGUCAACAUUGCUGCAGCACUGCCGAACAAUACUCAGCAGAAAAGCGGUGAUUAAAUAAUUUAACAAUAAUGUAGAAUUUGUAAGUUUUCCAUAAAGGAAAUGGCAGCGUAAGCAACCAACCGAUAGUAUGUAUACAUAUUUAUACAUAUAUACAUAUAUAUAAAUAUAUAUAUAUAUAUAUAUAUAUAUAUAUAUAUAUAUAUACGUGCAUAUAAAUGUUAAGACUCUCAUGUUGUAAAUUAUUGCAAUGAGAUGCUGUUUCAUCUCAUCUUCAUCAGAUGUGACGUAAUGUGUUGGUAAAUUUGAUUUUCGUUUUCUUUGCUUUUUUGUUUUUGUUUGUGUUUUACGAUUUUUUCUGUUUUGGUUUUUCUUCUGUUCUCAUUUCAUUUCUUAUACAACAACACAACUUUAUAACGCAAUAUAAAUAAAAAUAAAAUAUAAUAGAGCGAGAAGCAAGACGUAAAGUAAGGAAAGUACAUUUGAUAAUAAAAAAAAAGAAAAAAAAAAACAGAAAAAACAAAACAGAAAAAAAAA